AUGCUUCCAGGUUUUCCAAAUUCUUUUGUGAGCGAUGAUGACUUCAAGUUGUUCCAUUCAAUUGAUCGAGAGUUGUAUUCCCUUCUGGUAAUUACUUUUUCCAGAGAUCCAAUGGAGUGCAUGCAAAUUAUGGCUCUGUGGCUUUGGUUAGAGAGAGCAGGAUUCAGUAACAUUAUACACAAAAUGUUAUCUUUACCAUCCACACUGAUAAAUGAGCUUGCAGAUGAAGCACUCAUAUGUCUCAACUACAUUAACAAUGGCCAGAUUAUAGAGGGUGGUACUGAUAUUCCUCUAAUGCAAAGCUUGGUGAAGAAAGAAAUCUCUCUCCAAACUUUCAUAGAAAAUAGACUGAAUGCAACUCAAGGGGUUACCAAAGUAAUGAACGAAGUAUGUACUAGAGCACUAUCAGACAUCAUGCAGAUGGUUGUGGAGAGAAACGCAACUCAAAGUAUUGCAAAUUGUGAGACACUAAUGGCAAAUCUCAAUAUUUCCACACGACAACCAGCUCCACAACGAGCACUACUAGCAAUACCACCAAUAGUGCCACAAUCUAGUUAUAUUCCUACAGGAUUAUUUGGAAAUAUGCCAGCUGAUUUGGGAUUUGUUCAAGCCUCAGAGGUAAUUCCAGAAGUACCAGCUGAAGAUAGGACUAUGUUUCUUACGUUCUCAAAAGGUUAUCCUGUAUCGGAAAAGGAGGUUCGAGAUUUCUUUGCUAAAAGUUAUGGAGAUUGCAUUGAGUCAUUGUACAUGCAGGAAGUACGCCCCAAUGAACAAUCAUUAUUUGCUCGUCUUGUUUUUCGGACUCCAUCAACCAUCGGUUUUAUUCUAAGUGGAAUGACCAAAGCAAAAUUUACCAUCAAUGGUAAGCAUGUAUGGGCUCGAAAGUUUGUGCCAAAACGACCUCGACCUCCGCCGACUCCGCUGCCAGCACCACCGCCACUCGCAAUCUUGCCUCGGCCACCACCGCCGCCACCACCACCACCAUAUUGA